CCGGAAGCGGGCGUAUAUUGCUUUAUCGCUCGCUGUUUCAUGCACAAUUUAUCUCAGCUGACAGUCAGACCGCCGUGCGAUAUUAUUAAGAGGCUGAAACCCAAUGACUUCAACUUUUAUCGUUACUCGCGAGAUGUCGGUGUCUGAACAGGCCUGAGAUCAGUCUCACAUACACCUGUCCUUGCCAGACAUCAAGACAACCGCUUGGUCAGCUCGGACUAUUGAAAGGAAACAUGGGGAAACAUCCGAAGGAAAUACAGAAAUGAUGGGUUAAUCGUGAAGUCUGGAGUUGUUGCGUAGUGCUGUUGUGUACAGCCUGAAGCAUGAACACCGUGUCACCCAGUGCCGUUCAAUACAUAGUAGGUGGUGGAGCUCACGCGGACAAGCCCACACCACAGUCCAGACGCCACAUUGGCCACGGCUCAUUGCCUGAUGGCAUCAGAGAAGAUUCUGGAGAACCUGUUGAAGUGGAUCGUCUUAAAGCCAAGUUCAUGUCUGCCUGGAACAACGUCAAAUAUGGUUGGUCUGUUAAAUCUAAAGCUACCUUCAACAAGACGUCGACUUUGAACCUCAUGGGUCAGUCGUAUCUGUUCAAUAGCGAAGAUGAGGUGGAUCGUUUCCGGCAGGCGUUCGUGUCCUGCAUAUGGCUCACCUACAGGAGGGAGUUUCCUCAGCUGGACGGGUCCGGCUUGACCACAGACUGCGGCUGGGGCUGCAUGCUGCGCAGUGGACAAAUGCUGCUGGCACAGGGUUUAAUGCAGCACCACAUGCCUCCAGACUGGAGGUGGCCCGACUGCCACCAGCUGACAGAUGUGGAUUUUGAGGUGCUGAAGCCCCGCUCCCCAUCCCGCCCAGCUGGCAUGUCCCUGCCCUCCUUCACUUCAUCCUGGAUCAGCCCUGUUUCCCAGCAGGAUCCCUCCUCUGGCAUCAGUGAGGGUUCCAGACGGGCCCAUGGGCGAUGCCCUGCAACCAGCCAUGACCCUCAGGUGGAGGCUCUUCACCGGAAGGUGGUAUCCUGGUUUGGCGACCAGCCGUCAGCUCCGUUUGGCGUACACCAGCUGGUGGAGCUGGGAAGGGAGUCGGGGAAGAGAGCAGGGGACUGGUACGGCCCAUCGGUUGUGGCACAUAUGCUGAGAAAAGCAGUGGAUAUAACCACAGAGUUUCACAACCUUGCUGUAUAUGUGGCUCAGGACUGCACUGUAUAUAAAGGAGAUGUCAUGCGAUUGUGUGACUCGUCGGUGACACAAGGGUUGUCAGAGUCCAGUGGCACGGCAUGGAAAUCAAUCAUCAUUCUAGUGCCAGUGCGGCUGGGUGGAGAAUCAUUAAACCCCUCCUACACUGAGUGUGUUAAGAACAUUUUCAAGUUGAAAUGCUGUAUAGGAAUUAUUGGAGGGAAACCCAAGCAUUCCCUCUUUUUUAUUGGCUUUCAAGAUGAGCAGCUAUUGUAUUUAGACCCACACUACUGUCAGCCGGUGGUGGACGUCACCCAGGGCAACUUCUCUCUGGAGUCGUUCCAUUGUAACUCGCCCAGGAAGAUGAACUUCAAUCGCAUGGAUCCCAGCUGUACGAUUGGCUUCUAUGCACGCACCAAGAAUGAUUUUGAGUCUUUGUGCUCAGCGGUCAAUGCUGCUUUAUCAUCCUCGAAAGUGAAGUAUCCCAUCUUUACAUUUGUUGAGGGCAGGGGGCAGAACUAUGGGCCGGAGAGUCGGAGCGGGGGUGCCGUGGACGCUCCUGCAAACAUUUUCUCAUGCAACGGACUGAGCAGGACUACAAAGCGGGGAAGCACAGAUGAGUUUGUGCUCCUGUGAGGAGCAUAUAACCCCCACCACCACCCCUAAAUGCUGCUGCACUGAAAUGAAUGAAACCGCUGUUGCUGACGUAUGUUCACUGCAAAACAUGAUGGCUGCUUGUAUACAGUCCCUCGUGCAAAGGGUGAAUCUCUAGAAACCUGCAAGAACAUGUUCAGGUCAUAUUUCACCCCAAAUUCAAAGGAGAAAAAGAAGACAUUAGAUUUUGCAUGAAGUAAACAAAGUUUAUUUUUGGGACCUUUAAGAUUUUUUGCAUUGUGACAUUAUUUUCAUGUCAGUUAAGCACAUUUCUGCCCCAAAUUAUCAUUACUGUAGUGCAAAACUAUGCAAAAACUAUCCUAUGUUAUUGGAAUUGUGAAGUAUUUAUACAUUGUGGUUUUGCUGACAGUAAUGAGAGUUUGAGGGGAAUGUACUUAAAAUUUUAUUAAAAUAUUGUCACAUUGCCUAAAACGUAAUGGUCCUAAAAUAAGAUUAGUUUUCUUUUUACAUGCACAUAUACAUACAU